AUAUGCGCACGCGCCGCUGUAGAUCGAAAGCAUUUCCUCAUUCGAUUGUACCGCGUCAACCCAAACGUAACGUUUGAAUAAUUGUGUUACACGUGAUUCCAUUUUGUUAUUAUUCUGGAUUUCAUGUUGAUUAUGUAGACAUGAACUUUGUCACUGUAAAUAGGCACUGAAGUUUACAAAAUGGCGAUGUUAAGUAAAGAGUUGUUUGAAUCGGCGUGCGGGGACGUACCAUGCAAUCACAUAGUACAUCCAUGGAACAAAAGUUGCCUCUGGUCCACGCCAGAGACGUACUUGCAAACGUCAAUUGGAAGUGUCAAAUUUUACUCUAUUAUUUAUGUGGCACAGUUACUAAUGCAGACAAAGAAAUGGAAAAAGAAGGAAUUUUGGAAGAAAAUGGGCGAAUAUUACUUAAGGUCGACGUUACUGGGGGCCGCUGUCACUGGUACCUAUGUCAACUUGAGUUGUUUAAUUAGAUGGAUGCUGGGCAACAAAUUCACAUACUACACCUACAACCGGAUUCCGUUCACAUUGACCGGACUGUACAUUUAUUUGGAACCACCGAGCCGAAGAGGUCUAAUCAUUAACUUGUUCUUCAAUUUGCUUGUUGAAUACUACCUUCGGUCGCUACAAAGAGCUGGAUAUUUGGAGAUAACAAAAGCAAGACAAACAUUACUGUUCAUGGUCGGUAGCUCUCUCCUCUUCUACCUCAUGAGAUUGGAAGGAGAUAAAGAACAACGUACUCCACUAUUCUGGCUUUAUACACCAGAAAAAGUGCGACGGAAAGAGGACGGCUCUAAAAACGUUUGCCCACACGAAGGAUCAUGCCGGAAAUAUAUACUAAGGGGCUAUGCAAACUACUUCGGUAUUGGUCUCGCUAUAUCGUUAGCUAGACUGAUCAUACCCAAAAUAAAGACGCCCAUAGAAGCUAUAUCAUCCAUAAGAAGUAAACAUUUUAAGAUGGCUUUGUUCUUCGGCAGUUAUAUCGGUAUUUACAGAGCCGUGGUUUGCUACUUGUGCCGUAAGCAAGGCGUCGACUCGGCGCUGUAUGCGUUGCCGGCCGGUUACCUAGCGGGUCUAUCGAGUCUGUUUAACUCGUCUCUGGGCUUGUCAAUUGCUGUGUUCUCUGGUGCUUUAAAGCUAUUUUCAACGAUUCUGUAUGAGAAGAAGAUUUUGCCUGACUAUAUACCUCUACCAGAACUGUUGUACUGCUAUUGUCAAGGCUCCCUCUUCCAUGCACGUUUCAUGGACCCUGACAUUUGUCCAAACUACGUAUUCAAUCUCAUGAAGACCGUCAGUAAUACUCGUUGCGAGUGGGUGUUUAAUAACAUAAUGGAAGUAGUGAAGAAUGUUCAAUAAAUUUUAGCGCAGUAAUUUAAAUAAAGUUAAAUCUUUGUUUCCGGGUUUGGAUGGGUUCUGUGAUAAUAAUUGAGGUGAUUACAUCUACGUGAAGAUUUAUAAUAUAUAUAAAUUAAAUAUUUUAUACAUAAUUUUAUUGUAUAACAAAUAAAUUAAUAUUACAAUAGAAAUGUAGAAAAAUCAUACACAAUGUGUGUUCAGUUAUUUUUUUAAUUAAAUAAUGUGGCUAUUUAUAUAUUAUUAUAAAAUAGCAACAUGGAAA